UUGACAUGUUCGUCUAGAUUGUAGUGAGUUCACUUUAUGUCAAACUCGUUAUUACAAAAAUAUAUUUGAAAUUAUAAACAUUGCCACAAAAUGAUGUUGAAUCCUAUUGAGAUAUUUUGCUAUUACGUGGCUCAACCUGUUGUUGACUUUUUGGCCUAUUUACUACAUGAUGUGCACUACUUGGCUUUUAUUGUGGCAGUCGCCAUGAUCGGAAUACUUCUGGGCCUCGUUAUGGGAGUUCUAUCACUUAUUUGCAUUAAAUUACAGGGCGAGGAUCAGCCAGUUAAGAAACUUGAAGCUAAACCUCCACAAGAAGAUCAAUUUGUAGAUUCCAAGCAAAAGCAUGAUUAAGAAGAUAUUAACUUAAGGAAUGGAUACCAAUAUUGUGAAGAUAAGAGUUGUAUUUGGCUUGAAAAAUUUAGGUUUCAACAAUGUAACCUUCUUUAUGUUGUUGACAUAUUGCCAAAUUAUAAUAGUUAUUUACUAAAAUAUACAUUUGUGAGCAUUAUAUAAUAAUAAGA